CCGGCCUCAGAGCGCACACUCACCCUCUGCUUCAGCCUUCAGCUAACCAGCAGUCCAGCACAGCACACACACAUACAGAUAUCGAGAGCGAUGGCAAUUCCUGCUAAUGCAGCUGCCGCCUCGUUGAGCUUCCCGGUGAUCAACAUGGAGAAUCUGGAGACCGAGGAGAGGGGCGCGGCCAUGGAGGUUAUCCGCGACGCCUGCGAGAACUGGGGCUUCUUCGAGCUGCUGAACCAUGGCAUCUCGCACGAGCUGAUGGACGAGGUGGAACGCGUGAGCAAGGCGCACUACGCGGCGUGCCGGGAGGAGCAGUUCAAGGAGUUCGCGGCGAGGACGCUGGAGGCCGGCGAGCAAGGCGCCGACGUGAAGGACGUGGACUGGGAGAGCACCUUCUUCGUCCGCCACCUCCCCGCCUCCAACCUCGCCGACCUGCCCGACCUCGACCACCACUACAGGCAAUUGAUGAAGCAGUUCGCGUCGGAGAUCGAGAAGCUGGCGGAGAAGGUGCUGGACCUGCUGUGCCAGAACCUGGGCCUGGAGCAGGGCUAUCUGAAGCGGGCCUUCGACGGGUCCAAGGGCCCGACGUUCGGCACCAAGGUAAGUAGCUACCCGCCGUGCCCGCGGCCGGACCUGGUGGACGGCCUCCGCGCGCACACCGACGCCGGCGGCGUGAUCCUGCUGUUCCAGGACGACCAGGUCAGCGGGCUCCAGCUCCUCAAGGACGGGGCAUGGGUGGACGUCCCGCCCAUGCGCCACGCCGUCGUCGUCAACAUCGGCGACCAGCUGGAGGUGAUCACCAACGGGCGGUACAAGAGCGUCAUGCACCGCGUGCUCACCCGCCCCGACGGCAACCGCAUGUCCAUCGCGUCUUUCUACAACCCCGGCGCAGACGCCGUCAUCUUCCCCGCCCCGGCGCUCGUGGCCGCUGCCGGCGCCGCUGAGAGGAACGAGGGCGAGGAGGGCACCGCCGUGUACCCGAGGUUCGUGUUCGAGGACUACAUGGACCUGUACUUGCGCCACAAGUUCGAGGCCAAGGAGCCACGGUUCAAGGCCAUGAAGGCGGACGCCGCGCCCAUCGCCACCGCGUGAUAAGUGCGUGUGCUCGUACGUGCCAAGGCCGGCCGGGACAUGAGUAUUACGGGACGUGUUGAUGUGGUGUACCAUAGAUAUUUGCGUGUGGGUGUGUGUAAUGUUGUCGCUGGUGGCGUCGCAGUGCAUGCCGUGAUGCUUGUGUGUGUUACCGUACGUGUGAGUGAAGCUUUCUUCUCUCUUUUGAAUAGUAUGUGUGAAGUUUUAAGUGGUGUAUAUAGUACUUCCUCCGUUCCUAAAUAUAAGUAUUUUUUAAA